AUGGAAAUAGUUAGAAACCCAGGUGUAGUUAGCACUAUUCGCAGUUUGCUAUGUUAUACUCCUGAAGAUUCCAAGUUUCUCAGUACUGCAGGAUGGAACUAUCCGAAUAAUCCACAUAUAUCGGGAGACAACUUUAGUUUACUGAUUCCUAUAAAACACAUAUUCAACAUUUUCAACGACUACAAUAAAUUAACCUAUGGCCGUCAAGUGUUUCGAUUUGUUCGAGCACGCAAUGAUAGAGACUGUAUUCUAGUGGAAGAACCUAAUGCUACAACAACAACAACAGUAUCUUUAACUGUUGCCAGCAUGGAACUCAAGGUUAAGCAUGUCUUUCCCAAUGAUAUGAAAAUUGAAUUAAUGACUCCGAUUAAGAAUAAUGUGCCGAUAAUUAUACCUUUCCGUAAAUGGGAGCUCAAUGAACUACCGUCACUUACGUCAGGAUCUCGACGCGAGAUAUGGAGUGUAAAGACAACUUCAUCUGUUGAACGCCCACGUUAUGUCAUUGUGGCUUUUCCAACCUCUAAACGAGAUGACAUACACGCUGAUCCAACGUUAUUUGAUCACAUUAGAAUGUCCAGCGUGUGA